CAGGCUGUGAAGGGGCGGGUUCAUGGGAAGCGAUGAUGGGACGGUUCAACUGGAUGGGUUCAGAAGCUGCUAUCCCUCCCUUCUUUUCUAGUACCCUAGGAAACUACUCAGAACCUGGAACUUCCCAUUGGCUUAGAUACACGUAUUGCUCUCCUGCUCCGGCCUCAUAUGUUGUAGGGAGGUGGGAUUGAGUAAGUGUCUUUCCGACCAUUUCCUUAGUUUUUCCUAUUUGAGGCCAAAACUUAAAAGGCAUUCUGGGAUCCUCUCUUAGCUUUUCUUUCCCUACAUCCAGUUCUUUUAUCACGGCCUUGCCCAGUCCAUCUCCAAAACAUAUCAGUCAUUUUCUACCUCUUCCACCUCUGUUUUAGGCCUAGUUCAGACUACAGUCAUAUGUCUUCUGGACUUCUGCAAGACUUAAAAAUUGGUCUGUUUUCACUCCUUGAUCCCCUAACAUUCUUUUCUCCACACUGCAGCUGAAACGGUCUUACAACAAAUCAGAUGGUAUCACUCCCCUCUUUCACACUCCUCCCCACGCUACCCCCAUAAGUUUCAUUAGGGUAGAGACCUUGACUGUUUUGUUAUCUUAUCCCUGGUAACUAGAACUGUGCUUUGGAUAUAGUUGAUCAACAAUUAUUUAUGGAAUAAAUGAGUUCAUGGGGAAUAAUUCUGUUGUGAGAAUCCUUAGUUUGGUCACCAGUUUGACUUUUGAACUGUGCAGUUUUAACUUAGCACUCACAAAGUGGUGAGCAUAAAAUAUUAAAAGCAAAAUCAAGGAGGGUGGAGAAAUAUAGGAGUGAGUGGAGAAAGUGAGAUUGAAUGUAUAAGAUGGAAUAGUUUUGGACUUAUUGUGUGAUGGAGCCAUUUUAAGAGAGCUUGCUAUGUUGCUUGUGUUCUUUUUUUCCACAAUAAGUCAAGUUCAACUGGUAAAUGUUACCUUGGAGAGUUGUUUCUCCCUAUUCCUAUUUAGGUCAAGGGCUUUCUGUGCAAGUUAACCUAUAGACUUUGUUGCCAGGAUUGUUGUCAGGUAUUUUGUGUGUAUGCUGCUUGUGUGAUAGUUAUCGUGUACUGAAUGUUUGGGAAUACAAGGCAGAUAUGGUUCCUGUCUUUGUGGAGUAAAAAGGGAUGGUUUGCCUGUUUAAUGGUAACUUCACACUUGUUUCUGUAUAGAACAUGUGCAAUAAUGUCACCUCAAAAGAGAGUUAAGGACUCUAAGGCACAAAAGAGGACUUCACAAGAUAGUGAUAGUUAUAAGACUAAUCUCUUGGCCUUGAAAGAAGAGGACCUAAAUGACUCAAAGUGCAGCUUAAAACAUGGACAAAACGAUCCAGUGAAAGAUUAUGGACAUGCUGAUGAUGAAGCAGAAGAUGCUCUGAAAAGAGCAGUGAGAUACUUUGAGAAAGGUCCUGUUGAAACUUCACGGAGUAGAGAUAAAACCUUGGAAAAACACUUGAAAACUGUGGAAAAUGUGGCUUGGAAGAGUGGCUUAGCUCCAGAAGGAAUUGACAUUCUACUAAAUGUGGCACUUAGUGGCAAAUUUGGAAAUGUUGUAAACACUCGGAUAUUGAAGUGCAUGAUUCCAACAACUCUAAUAUCAGAAGAUUCUGUGGUUAAGGCGGUCUCCUGGCUUUGUGUUGGCAAGUGUUCUGGUAGCACCAAGGUACUUUUUUAUCGUUGGCUGGUUGCUAUGUUUGACUUCAUUGAUCACAAGGAGCAAAUUAACUUACUCUAUGGCUUCUUUUUUGCCUCAUUGGAAGAUGAUGCACUGUGCCCUUAUGUGUGCCAUUUGCUAUAUUUACUUACCAGAAAAGAGAAUGUCAAACCAUUUCGUGUGAGAAAACUGCUUGGUCUUCAGGCCAAAAUGGGAAUGCAGCCUCACCUCCAGGCUUUGUUAUCGCUGUAUAAGUUCUUUGCUCCUACUUUGAUUUCUGUAUCUUUGCCUGCAAGGAAAAAGAUUUAUUUUAGGAAUUCAGAGAAUCUGUGGGAGACAGCUCUACUUGCUGUGAGGCAAAGGAUUCAGGGACCCCCUCCUGAACCUGUAAAAUUAAUGUUAGGUCCAGCUAAUGUCCAUCCUGUAAAAAGAAAAUGGAAUUCUUACUCAGUUAUACCCAUGCUGAAUUCUAGUAGCUGCAGUAAAGAAUGUGGGAAAAAAGGGAUGGCUCUUUCUGAUUAUCUCCGUAGUAAUGGAUCCUUUCCACUAGAACAGCUUAAAAGCUUCCCUCAACUCUUAAAGAACAUCCAUUGCUUAGAGCUGCCUUCUCAGAUGGGUGCAGUGUUGAACAACUCUCUGCUGCUUCACUAUAUUAACGUUGUCAAAGACGAGUCCAUCUUACUGAGACUCUAUCACUGGUUGAGUCAAACAUUACAGGAAGAGUGUAUUUGGUACAAGGUGAAUGAUUAUGAACAUGGAAAAGAAUUUGCCAACUUACUGGACACUAUCAUCAGGGCAGAGUACUUCUUACAAGAGGGGUUCUAUUCCUGUGAAACAUUCCUGUAUAAGAGCCUUCCUCUCUGGGAUGGCCUCUGUUGUCGAUCACAGUUCCUUCAGCUUGUGAGCUGGAUUCCUUUUAGUAGCUUCUCUGAGGUGAAACCACUUCUUUUUGACCAUCUAGCACAGCUCUUCUUUAUAUCAACCAUUUAUUUCAAGUGUAGUGUUCUCCAGAGUCUGAAAGAACUACUGCAGAAUUGGCUGUUGUGGCUUUCUACAGACAUCCACAUGAAACCUGUGAUGGACAGUCCUCUGGAUACCACUUUAGGUGGAUCCGUGAACACUGUGUCUGAACUGAUUGACUACAUAGGGUGGCUGUCCACUACUGCAAUGCGCUUGGAAAGCAACAAUACUUUCUUACUGCACUUUAUUUUGGAUUUCUAUGAGAAGGUAUGUGACAUAUAUAUAAAUUAUAACCUUCCACUAGUGGUAUUGUUUCCUCCGGGGAUCUUCUAUCCUGCUCUCCUCAGCCUAGAUUCCAGUAUCCUGAACCAGCUGUGUUAUAUCAUGGACAGGUAUCGUAAAAAUUUGACUGCUGCAAAGAAAAAUGAGUUGGUACAAAAGACAAAAUCAGAGUUCAAUUUCAGCACCAAGACCUAUAAAGAAUUUAAUCACUAUUUGACAGUGAUGGUUGGUUGCCUGUGGACAUCCAAACCUUUCCAGAAAGGAUUGUACAUUGACCAUGAAGUCAUAGAAAAAGCUGGAGUAGCAGAUUAUAAAAGCAGUUUAAAUUUAGUUCAUCACCCAGCUCUAUUGAGUUAUACAGUUUCCUUUCUGCUCCAGGAAUGGCCAGAAGAAAGGAGAGUAAACAUGAGCUCUGUUCGGGGAAAGAAAUGGAACUGGUAUUUGGACUAUUUAUUUUCAGAGGGGUUACAAGGCUUGAAACUUUUCAUAAGGAGUAGUAUUCAUCGUUCUUCUACCCCCCUGACCAGAGAGCAUAAACCACAUCAUCAACAUUAAAUGAGUUUUGACUGAAACAAACUGACCAUACCGGACUAAAUUCUUUUCCUUGUUGCUAGAGAGGCCAAGUGGCUCAACUUGAGUUGCCAUAAUCUGUUCACCAACAGACUGCCAUCCUCGGAGCACUUGGACUGGCCUUCUGUGCAUGGCUCAGGAGAGCCUCAGUGUGGCUAAAUUUAUUUUUCAAGAUCUAGAUUCUUUAGCCCACUAGUGAAAACUGACUUCACCAUCAGUCUCAGCCUUCCACCAGAUUAUACAUAAAGAGAUUCAUCUAUUAGAUGGUGGAAUUUUUCACAUUCUCGUGGACUCUAAGUUGCAUCAGUGGAAGAGAGCAGAUAACAUAUAGUGGCAGUUAAGCCACAGACAUACUCAUGCAAAAAGCCCUGCUGCUUCUGAAACCUCUGGGGAUAUUGCCAUUUUCCUUAUUGUGAACAACAAUGUCAGCAUCAAGUUAACAGGAUACAUUUCUAAUGCUUAAAGCCAGCUCUAGCUAAUUGGUAGCUUCCUGGGCCUUCACUGGUAGCAAUUUGAUGAGAGAAGGAAGGGGAGAGGAUUGUGGGAUAAUCUAAAAUGUUCCCAUUUAUUCCACUUUGAUUUCAUAAAACUGUACUAUUUUGUGUAUGUGUAUAUAUGUAUAUGUUACAUGUCCCAUUUUUACAUGUUCAGGCUCAUUUAAAUAAACCGAGACUUUAUUUUGGGGGAUCAUUCUGAAGCUUUUAAAAAAAUUUUAUCAUAGCUAGGAUAUUUUGCUGAAAAUUCAAAUUCACUGCUACUGAGUAACUCUUCUCCUUUUAAUAAAAUUCAUGUCAUUUGAGAGAAAUUAAGCUGAGUUUACUUUUGGUUUUAAGGGCACAUUCUUGUGGCUUUUGUUUUUCCUCUAAAGCAAAAUAAAACUAUAUUAUUGGGUAGUGCUCAGACUCGAAUCCCAUUCAUUCAUUUUUGGGGUUCAGUACAUAUUUAUCUAGUUUACUAUGUGGCAGAUAUUCUUUUGUGUGCUGGUUGUAUAGCUGUGACCAAUACAAAGUACUGCUUUUGUGAAAUUUACUACGUCCUUUUGGAGAAGGCAGACAAUAAAAAUGUAAGCAGAAAUAUAACAUGAGGUGCUAUAAAGAAGAAACAAGGAAUAGGGAGAGAAUAUUUAGAGGGUUGCUACUUUAGAUAAGGUGGUUAGGGACUAAGGCCUAUUGGAGGAGGUGACUUAUGCAGAAGCCCUAAUGAAAUAAGUAUAUGGGCCAUGUGAAUAUUUGGGGGAAGAGCAUUCUGGGCAGAGUCAAAGGCAAGUUGUGAAGGGCUUAAAAAUGUUAACUUAGUUGGCAUACUUUUGAGAGCUAGCAGAGAGACCAGUCAGGUUACAACAUAGUAAUUAAAGGAGAAGAAUGGUAAGGAAUGACAUAGGAAAGAAACCAUCGAGUAGUUCAUAAAGGCCCUAAUAAUGUGGUAUACAAUAAGAAGUCAUUAGAAGGAUUGAGAGCAGAGUGAUAUACUUUGGCUUACCUGUAUGGGAGCUGUUGUUUGAAGGUUAGUUAGACUGAAGAGAAUUAAGGGUUAAAGCAGAGAGACCGGUUAAGUUAUUAGAGUUCCAGUAAAGAGUCUUAGACUAGUAUGGUAGAUGAUGGGGAGAUGGUUAGGUAUUGGAUUUAGGCUCUACUUUAAAGGUAGAGAAGAUAGGAUCUGCUGUUAGCUUGGAUAUGAGAGGGAAAGAGAGAAGAAAAGGGUGACUCUUAGGUUUUUGACUGAGCAACUGGGGGAAUUCUGGGUUGCAAAGAUGUGGGAUACUGGAGGAGGAACAGAUUUGGAGGAGUGUUCAAUCAAAAGUUCUGUUUUGGCCAUGUUAGGUUGAAGAUGGAGUAGGCAGUUGGAUAUCCCAAGUCUAGAAUUCAGGGUACAAGUUAGGACUGGCAGACUUAAUUUCGGUGUCAUUAGUGAAUAGACAUGACAUCAUAUAAGAUCAUUUAGUGCAGCUAGAAAAGAGCAGAUAAAGACAUCAUAGGACUGAGCCCUAUGGUAUAUGCCAACAUUAAAAAGUAGAAGAGAAAAGGAGGAACCAGCAAAUGACUGAGAAAGACCCACUGGUGGCUAAAAGAAAAGUCAGGAGACUGGAAGCCAAGUGAAAAAAGUGUGUCAAACAAGAAGGAGUAUUUAUUGGUGUGGAAUAUUGCCUAUAUACCCAGGUAAAAAAGUUUUAGCCACUUUGAAGUAAAUGUGAUAGCGUCCCCAAUAGAUACCCUUUCUCAUUUAGAGUGUUCUCUUUGUUUUUAAGGUUGUGUUCUAAAUAACUUUCCAUAUUGUUACUCAGGACAUGAUAUUUUUGUCUUUAAGGUCAUAUGGAACUUCAAUUGUGAGAAGGGAUUUGAUUAUUUUUCCUAAAAUUUAACCCCUAACAGUCUUCCAGUCAUGGAAGAAAUUUCUAAACCUAAGUUUUUGACCCAGGAAAAAAACUAUUUUCCUUUAUGUUUGUCUUUUUGUUCAGUAAGGAUUCCCUGGGGAUCUUUUUAGUCCAUAUUAUUCUCUUGAUCAAUUUUUUUAACCCACUUAAGAUUAUAUAAAUGGAUGUGCAAAUAAGCCAAAUCUAGUUAUUUAAAAACUCUUUUUUGAAGAAUGUUCAUGACAAAAAUAAGAUUUAAAUAAGAAUAUUUUGCUUUAGUGCAAAAGUUGUCUAGAAGAGAAAAAUAGAAAAUUUGGUUUAUUAUCCCAAUUGUACAAAAAUAACUAAUUUUCUUUACCUAGUAUUUAUGUAACAUUGUUGAUGUUAUAAAUAUUGACUUAAUAAUGUUCAAUACUAAAUUUCUGUUAGAUUUCUAACAUUUUAUUUUUCUUUUUAUCAUAAUUUCUUCCUCUUGGUCUUGAGGAUGACCUGGAAAGAAAAGUUUAGAUAAGUCUAUGGUAUCUCACAUAAUUUCUGUUAACAUAGCAGACAUUCUCUCUAAAUCA